AGAUUUCGAGCGGAGGUUUGAAGUUGUUUGACGCGUUCAAAUUCUGGCUGACACUGUGCUAUCGGCUACCGGAUUGCCUUCACAUCAUACCUUCAUCACUGUUAUUUAUUGUCGAUUACACUUUUUAUUUCGUACUUGAACGGGACAAUUAUCACUAUGCAGAUAUAUACUUCUGAAAAGCGUGGGUCCGAUACAACUGGAGACGGAACAGAAAAAGCUCCCCUAAAAACUAUUCUUCAGGCCAUCGCCAAGUUAGAUGGGAAAAUUGAUGCAGAUACGCGCAUUUGGGUCGAUGGUGUUGAAAAUGAAAUGUGGGAUCCUGUAUCUAAAUCGAAACUAAAAAAGAUGAUCAAACAAUAUCAUAUUCAAGAAAGAAAACAUGAUAAGGUGUCAAAGGGAAAAAUUGUAAGUCUCGCUUGCGCGUAAUUUAAUAUUUACGUAUUCCGGUGUUGGUGGGUUCUACACAAUCUAUUAUUUACACAAAUCAAUGCGUUCUGUACCCCCCAGGUAUUAUCAUUUGUGACCUAUCAAUCUAGUCAUAGUGGCUACAGCAUUUUAAAUUCCUGUUAUGAGUAAUUUGAAGCAAUCAACUUAAAAUUUAGGUAAAUAUGUGCAUCAUUUUGGUGUUAAAAGCUUGCGGUUGUACAAUAUAUCAAUCAUACUAAGCAAUUUCGAGAUAAAUGCUGCUUAAGAUCACUAAUGAUACCUUGAAUUUCUUUAACUGUAGUUACAGACUAUUGUAUCGACAAUGUAGCAAAAAUGAUGACUUAUUUGUGUGUAUAAAGACAUAAAUAUUGACAGUCAAUAUCUUACUGGAUAUUCUGUCCGAGUAUAUCACUUCAGUAACUCGGUGCGAAACAGUCUAUGUGGACCAACAAACUGUUGGAAUACCACAGAAGGAUAAAAUACCAGUCGGAUCCCAUGUAAAACUUUUGUUACGUUUCUUUAUUCAUCCUGGUGAUGACAAUCCUAUCCUACAUAGUUUGUGUAUGUAUUCACUCUUGACAUCAAAUAGCAUUUGUUGAUGGAUGUAAUAAAAGCACAACUUCACUCAAAUGCUCUGUUCAUAUACAUCGGUCUUAACAAAUAAUAUGGCCUCUCGGUAGUAGUCAGUCUCCAUAAAUUGUUUGGAUCGAAGCCUAUUAUAUUAACCUUGAUAAGUGAAUUACAUGAAAAUUAAGAAAUAUGCUGCUUAGAAUAGUAAUACAUCUACAUUACAAAGGUGCUUAAAGAGGUCAUAUAAAAGUAAAGAUAUUUUUAAACGAACCUUUACUACCGUUUUGCACUAUCCUGCUAUUCAUUUAGUUGCUACACAAAGUUCACUUUGUUCCGUACCAUCUGUGAUAAAGAACAUAAGGCUAACUGUUCUUCAGUGUCUCAUGUGCUUCCAAAUGUAGUCUAUUGGUUGGAACACUGGUUUGUCAAUCAGUAGAUAAAGAGUUUGAAUUCAGUCCCACCUAUCCUAGUAAAGUCGAUAGGCCUCACAGAAAUAGUAUGGCUCGAAGCCAAAAACAUAAACUUGUACUGUGUGUGAAUUACAGUUUACAUACUUUUUGAUGUUCUUAUUAUACUGUUGCAUUUCUUUCUCAGCCAUCUGCUGAAAACGGUAAUCUUAGUGAAGCAAUGGAUGUUCAGCUGACUUUGGACACAAAAUUACCUGAAGCGAAACAAUGUAAAAUUCGUGAUUUGCAAACUUUAUACGAUCAACGUGUACGUGUGUAUGGUUGGGUGCAUCGAAUACGUCGUCAGAGUAAAACUUUAAUGUUCAUUGUUCUUCGGGAUGGUACUGGGUUCUUGCAAUGUGUUUUUUCAAACAACCUGUGUUUAACUCAAGAUGCAAUCACGCUAUCACCAGAGUCUACUGUCGAAGUUUAUGGGGUGGUGAAACAAUUGCCAUCUGGUAAGUCAGCUCCUGGUGGCAUAGAAUUGGUUGCUGAUUGUUGGACGAUAAUUGGUAAAGCACCAGCUGGUGGUAUCGACUCUGUAUUAACCGUGGAAAGUGAUAUAGACACUCAAUUGGACAACAGACAUUUGGUUAUUCGAGGAGAAAAUACAUCGAAAGUUCUCAGACUCAUCAGCGUUGCUUUGGAAGCUUUCCGUGCACAUUACCUAGAUCGUGGUUAUGUGGAGGUUUUACCGCCGACAUUUGUUCAAACUCAAGUCGAAGGCAGUUCUACAUUGUUUUCUUUGAAUUACUUUGGUGAGAAUGCAUUCAUGUCUCAAUCGUCUCAGUUGUAUUUAGAAACAUGUAUACCUGCCGUAGGUGACUGCUUCUGCAUAACCCGUAGCUAUCGAGCUGAAAAAAGUAGAACUCGGCGCCAUUUAUCUGAGUAUAAUCACGUUGAAGCAGAAUGUCCAUUUAUUGAUUUGAAUGGUUUAUUAGAACGGAUUGAAGAUUUAGUUGUUGAUGUUUGUGAUCGCAUCAUGAAAAAAUCCGGUGAUCUGUUAUUAGAUGUGAACCCACAAUUUAAAAUACCUAGAAGUCCUUUUAAACGACUAAAAUACGAAGAUGCAAUUGUUCAUUUAAAUAAUUUAGGCAUUACAAAAGAAGAUCUUACACCUUUCCAAUAUGGUGAUGAUAUUCCUGAGGCUCCUGAACGUCGACUUGUAGACACAAUUGGGGAACCGGUCCUGUUAACCAAUUUUCCUGCUGGAUUAAAAGUUUUCUAUAUGUUGCGAACUAAAGGUGAUCAACGUCUGACUGACUCGGUUGAUCUACUUGUCCCAGGCGUUGGUGAAUUAGUUGGUGGAUCAAUGCGUAUGGAUAAUAUUGAUGAUCUUCUCAAAGGAUAUCAGUUAGAGGAAAUAGAUCCAACCCCUUAUUAUUGGUAUACAGAUCAGCGCAAAUUUGGAACUUGUUCACAUGGUGGCUAUGGAUUAGGUUUUGAACGAUUUUGUACUUGGCUUUUAGGCAAAGAUCAUAUACGAGAUGUUUGCCUAUAUCCUCGUUUCAUGGGUCGAUGUCGACCAUGAGUAAUAGUUUCAUCAUAACUCUUACAUAUUUGUAUGGAUAUACUCGGUUUUUUUCUUAAAUUAUCAGUGCAAAAUUUUGUCAUGUACGUAAAUAUUUGUCAACGACUUCAGUGGUCGAUAAUUCACAGUUUGUUGCAUUUCUUUCCCAACGAAUGAUAAAUAUAUCAUUGCAUUACUGAAGUUUAACUUGAUAAUUUCAAAUAUAUUGAGCAUCUGAAUG